ACCCUCAUGUGACUUUGUAGAUGACUUCACACAUUCAGAGAGCAGGAAGGAAGCCGAGCUGCUCUCACUUCGUGUUCCGUGGGGCAGCUGCAAAUCCGACCUCAUUAUCUCAGGAGCACCCAGAGGGACCCGAAAAUGAGCCCCCAAACCCCCCCUGAGCCCCCCAAAUGCUGCUGCUUCAACAUCAAGACAGCAACAGUGGCCCUGGGGAUCUUCCACAUGGUCAUGAGCAUCCUGCUGCUGAUCGAGUAUUCCCUGGAGGUGGCCAACGGGAAGGGCUUCUGCAAAGACCUGGAGAAGGAUUACUACAGAAUUGCUGAUAUCACCACCAGUUUCCUGCUGAUCCUCAUGUUGUUUGUCAUCAGCUUCCACCUCCUGCUCGGGGUGCUCAAGAUGAAGGAGCGGUUCCUGAUCCCCUUCCUGGCUCUGCAAGUCAUCGAUUUCCUCCUGAGCCUCCUGACCAUGUUCAGCUCCUACAUCCAGGUGCCAGCGAUCAUCUCCGUGUCCUCCCUGGGCCACACGCAGGGCCACUCCAGGACUCCCCUGCUGGCGCUGCAGCUGCUGGAUUUCUGCCUGAGCAUCCUCACCCUGUGCAGCUCCUACAUGGAGGUGCCAACGUUCCUCAGCCUCAAGCCUGUGGAGAGUGGGGGCUCUCUGCCAGCCCUGGAGAAGCUGCCAGCAGAGGAAUAUGUCAAAGUGAUGAUCACCUUCACCAUCGCCUUCGUGGCUGUGCUCGCCCUCAAGGCCUACAUGUUCAAGUGUGUCCUGAGCUGCUUCAAGUUCAUCAAAGCCAGCAGGAGGGAGGAGGUGAAAGUGGAGCCACACGCAGUGGAAAAGGCCGUGCUGCCAUCCUAUGAGGAAGCCCUGGAAUUGCCUUCCAAGGAUUGUCCCCCUCCCUACGUGGCCAUCUGAGCCCAGCUUGGGGGAGCUGACCCUGGGUGCUGCUGGUGCCUCCCCCAGCCGAGCCCCAGUGCUCACCCAGAGCAGUUCCCUGGCUUUUCCAGCCACAUCCUGCCAGGGAACGGCUGGAGUCUUGUCCUGCUCUGGCACCCCAACUUCCUGACUCUGGCUCCCCAAAUUCCUGACCCUGGCACCCCAAAUUCCUGACUCUGGCAUUCCAAAUUCCCCAUUCUGGUACCCCAAUUUCCUGACUCUGGCACCUUGAUUUCCUGACACUGGCACCUCAAUUUCCUGGUUCUGGCACCCCAAAUUCCUGACUCUGUCACCUCCACUUCCUGACUUUUGCACCUCAAUUUUCUGGUUCUGACACCUUAAUUUUCUGAUCCAGGCACCCCAAAUUCCUGACUAUGGCGUCCCAAUUUCCUGACUCUGGCACCCAAAUUCAUGACUCUGGAACCCCAAGUUCCUGACUCUGGCACCUCCAUUUCCUGGUUCUGACACCUUAAUUUUCUGAUCCAGGCACCCCAAAUUCCUGACUAUGGCGUCCCAAUUUCCUGACUCUGGCACCCAAAUUCAUUACUCUGGAACCCCAAGUUCCUGACUCUGGCACCUCCAUUUCCAUACUCUGGCACCCCAAGCUCCUGACUCUGGCACCCCAAGUUCCUGAUUCUGGUACCUCAAUUUCCUGAGUCUGGAACCAAAAUCUCCUGGCUCUGGUAUCCCAAAUUCCUGACUCUGGCACUUCAAUUUCCAUACUCUGGCACCCCAAAUUCCUGACUCUGGCUCUGGUUGCCAUCCCUGGAAUCUGGGAUUUGGCUGCUGUGGGUGCAGGGCUGGCCUGAGCCCUGCCAGUUUUGCCCUGUGCCAUGGUGGCUCUCCUCUGGCUCAGCAGGGAGACCUUUAGGAAUUAAAGGAUGAUCCUGGUUGAGGGUAACUUUGAGAGAAAAACUUCUAAAGGGAUUUCUUCUAGAAAAACAAAUUCAAGUGGUUCCUCCCCUAACUGAUUCGGGAAAAAGAUUUCCUUGGAGACAAAUGGAAAAAACUGUUUAUUUAAUAAGCAAAGCAUUCAUCAGCAUAAAAAAUGAACAAUAUUAAACAACAAAACCUCUUACCACUCCAAAAGAGAUGACAAACUCAGAAAAGUGCCCUUGGUGGGCUGUAGCUUGGCUCACUCAGUGUCUUAUCAGUCCCUCUGACCAAAAUGGAAAAUGGAAAUGUUCAAUGGAAAUGGAAAUGUUCCAUAGAACAUGGAAGGAAAAUGGAAAUGUUCCACGGGACAUGGAAGGAAAAUGGAAAAGUUCUAUGGAAAUGGAAAUGUUUCUAUGGGACGUGGAAGGAAAAUGGAAAUGUUCCAUGGAAAUGUUGCAUGGGACAUGGGAGGAAAAUGGAAAUGUUCCAUGGAAAUGGAAAUGUUCUAUGGGACAUGGAGGGAAAAUGGAAAUGUUCCAUGGAAAUGGAAAUGUUGCAUGGGACAUGGAAAUCCCAUGUCAAACUGUGACAGGGAUGAACAGGGAAGGAAUUUUCUCUGGGAUAACCCAGCCCUGCAGCUCCUCCAGCAGAAUUCCUACAGCAAAGGGAUCAGACAAAAAUUCCCCAGGAACUGCAGCCCUCACCCUGUCUGCUUGUGGUGAUUGACACAACCCAGAAUAUCCAGCUCUGCAGUUUCAUACCUGAGUGGGUGCAUUUUUCUCUGCUUUUAUAUCACUUGGAAGACGAGUUUCAAUUAAAAUAAAAAUGUUAAUGGCUUCCAAACUGUGA